GCAUCGUCCGGGCCUUAAAACUAGUUAUACCUUUAAAAUGUGCAUUUACAUGCCUACCCUCAUUAAUAUGUACAAGUUUUUAUUUUGCCUUCAUUAAAAUUAAUUACCUAUUUUUGUUUUUGCCUUCAUUAACGUUAAUUUUUUUUUUUUUUUUGUUAAAUUUAUUUAGAAUAGUGUGCGGACAUAUAUACCCCUAUAUAAUUUGUUUACAUAUUUUAACUUAUUAAGGUAACCAACAACUAAAAAAACUCUUCGAACAAGGCUAGUUAUGCACACGUUAUCCACCCUAAUAAUUUAUAAAAUUGUCAGGCAGAAGUUUAAUGAGGUGCGUUCACCAUCAUUGUGAGUUUAAGUUUACAUUUCAAGAACAUUCAUGCACCAAUAGAGUUUAAUCAUUCAAAAUCACAAUGCGCACUGUAAAAUCCGUAAUCCGAUUAAAUCACUUGCCAAAACAUUGUACUCCGUAAAAAAGUUUCGACUUCAUCCACAAAAGCCCAAUGUUAAGUCUUAACCCACAAUCCAAAGCCCAACAAAAUCCAACUCAAAACGUCAUCGUAUUACCUCUCCCGCCUCCAUCUCCAAUUUGAAAUUUUCUCUCUCCUCCUUUUCCAGUUUCUCUCUGAUUCUCCUUUCUCUCAUUCAACUAACUCACUGAGUCACUCUUCUCGAAAAUUGAACUUCUAAAAUUAGGUUCAAUUAACUUCACUUUAAUCAUGGGCUCAAACCCUAGAAGAGAGAGAAAAUCCCCAAUUCAAAACGAUUUAUGGAAUGAAAUUAUAGCAGAAGAUCAACAUAUUCUUAAUCGUCAAAAACAACCUCAAAUUGUCGUCACUUAUCAGCGACACAAAUCCGAUGAUGCUGCUGCUAUAAAACCCUCUCGAAAGUCGGGAAGCAGUAGUUCGAGGGAAGGAAGUCUCGCGAGUCGGGUGAGUUUCGUGGCGAUUAAUAAUAACUCGCAACGAGUUAGUUGGAAUCGUUCUCUUUCAACCAGAGGGAGGACAAGUAUUGCGAUUUUAGCAGUAGGGGAUUACAAGGAGCAGCAGCAGAGGGCACCCAGGAGGAAACCUAGACCACCUCUUCCUAAGGGAAAAUUUACACAGGCCACGAAUUUUGAGAAAGAGAGAGCAUACUUCCAAGAAGUUGAUGCAGAUGAGUUGUUGGAAGAAAGUCCUUCACCUAAAAAAGUUGCUUGGGUGAUGGGAAUUCAACCUGACAAUAUAAGAGUGCCUCCACUCUGCUCAAGGCUCGAAAAGUGGCUACAUGCUAAGAAGCAGCAUGUAAUUCCUUCCAGCACACUAUCUACCAUAUUAAGAACUCCAGAUGGGGGGGCACUGGAGCCUAUUCCUUAUAAUAAUGAUGGGUUUGAUUCCUCGUGUCUGAGAAAGUCUGAAGAAUUUCGUCUGCGCAGUAUAUCUGGUUCACUCUCAGUGCAAGACAUGCUCACACAUUUAGGGAAGGGUCAUAUUGAUCUUGAGCACCUAAAGGACAAGGACUUUGAUGAUAUAGAAUCUGAGAUCAAGAAACUUUCUUUGGCAUCGCGGCCUAGUUCUUUGGCUAAUGAGGCUUUUUUGGCACUUCUGAAGGAAUGCGAACAGUCAGCUCCUUCAACGUUGUUUGAAGUGUUCUCCAACCUCUGUGAUACAGGAAGUAUCGUUAAGAUUGGGGAAGGUACAUUUGGAGAGGCUUUUAUUGCUGGAAGUUCCGUUUGCAAAAUUGUUCCUAUUGAUGGAUUACUAAGAGUGAACGGUGAAAUGCAAAAGAGAUCUAUGGAGUUGCUGGAAGAAGUGAUACUGUCACGGACACUUAAUCGCUUAAGAGGGAGUGAGGUUCUAUUUGAUAAUGCUACCACUACAUUUAUACAGACAAAAGUUAUUAAGGUUUGUCAAGGUCCUUAUGAUCCUGUUCUACUGAAAGCUUGGGAAAAUUGGGAUACAGAGCAUGGCUCAGAGAAUGACAAUCCUAAGCAAUUUCCUGAAAAUCAGUGUUAUCUCGUUUCAAUCCUUGAGCAUGGUGGUACUGAUCUUGAAAGUUUUGUUCUCUUAGACUUCAAUGAAGCGCAGAGUUUGUUAGUUCAGGUAACAGCUGCCCUGGCUGUUGCUGAAGCUGCUUUUGAAUUUGAACACCGUGAUCUGCACUGGGGAAACAUUCUUUUAAGCAGAAGAGAGACUGCUGUGCUGCAGUUUACUCUUGAAGGAAGGACGACAUCCAUAAGAACACAUGGGCUGUUGGUUUCCAUAAUAGAUUUUACCCUUUCGAGGAUCAAUACAGGCAACACAAUUCUCUAUUUGAAUCUAUCCUCGGAUCCCGAGCUUUUCGAAGGUCCCAAAGGAGAUAAGCAAGCAGAAACAUAUCGGAAAAUGAGGGAGGUCACAGAUGAUUGCUGGGAUGGAAGUUUUCCAAAGACAAACGUAUUAUGGUUGCAGUAUCUGGUGGAUAUAUUGUUGCUGAAGAAAUCAUUUAAACGUUGUGGAAAAGAUGAAAGAGAGUUACGAUCCUUGAAGAAGCGAUGGAACAGUUGCAAUUCUGCAAAGGAAGCGCUCUCAGAUCCUUUCUUCAGUGAUAUGCUUGUUGAUCACGCAGCUUGAGGAAAAGCUCCUGGGGUACAAAAAAAAAAAAAAAAAAAAGGGUCAUUGCUUCAGGCCUUUUUCCAUAACAGCUUCAAAUCAUUAUAAACACCGAGUAAUUUUACUAAGAGAGGUGAUUGUAUGACAGUUCUCACCGCUUAGUGAGAAGACUGAGAAGCCUGUAAGGCUGUAAAUGUUUGGGUCUUUUGUCAAGUUUGUACAUGAAUGUAUGUAUUUGUAAUUUUGUACUGGAAUGGUUUCAUCUUUUUAUCUGAAUUCCUUUUAUUUAAAACUUUAAUGAAAUCAUUUUGACUGUAAAAUGAAUUUUGCAGUCCUUUAAUGUAACCCUUGUUUUUCAUCAGUUUU